AUGAUGACGAUGACGAUGUCGCCUUUUUCGAACGUCGAACGGAUCUGGCUGAGUUCUUCGGCCCAGGCGCGUCUCGAGAUCGAGAUGGGAGAUCAACCGUCCCAACUGUACCUGCACCUGCACCUGCAACAGACAAGCGAGACGGACCAUGCGACCCUCUUCCUCGUCAAUGGCCAUCUCGACCCCUGCGUCUCGAGGCUGACGCGGAAGCGACUCGUCGUCCUCUUCGACGUCGGCUGGCUCAUCGACUCGGCGCGACGCCGCUCCAAGAUGCGUCUUGUCGACUACCUCGUUCGAUCCACUUUUGACGACGUCGAGCCCGUCUGA